UCAUGCGAGGCAUUCUACUCUACGUUAUUUUUAAAACAAGUUUAAUUUUUGUAGUUUUAGAGUUAACGAUUUAAAAUUUUAGAAGAUCCACAAUUUUAAUUAAUUUUGAUUUCCCGUCUUAUAAAGCAAGUAAAAUGAGUGCAAGUAAAAACGAAAGAGAAGGAGAGACAAACUGCAAGACAAGUACGAGAAGGCCAAAGUCGUGUUGCUCUUUCGUAAAAAGUUUGACGGUUGAACCGGCCGGCUUUCUGCUAGUGGUUGGGCUAAUGGUUUCUCAUCUCGUGUUCCAAAACGUGAUGAUGGAGACGGUCUGUCGUGUGGAUUUGGAGUAUGAGGAGGACAUGUGUACAGAGAUCAUUGACAAUGUAAACAUCACAUUUAAAACGGAGGAGCGCGAAAUUCAAAAGGUUGUGGCAGGUUUACAAGCCGUUAGCUCGGUGAUCUUCAGCUGCAUCACGGUCUUCGUCGCGUUAUUCAUUGGACCGUGGAGUGACGCGCAUGGGCGCAAGAUGCCUCUCCUUUUCUCCAUGUCUGGAGUGAUCUUAAUGCCAACCAUGAUGAUCGUGGGCUAUUUAUGCCUCGGGAAGAUUCGCGCCAUCUACAUGGUACUCUUGGCCACGCUGCCAAUGACAUUGACGGGUGGGCUCCUCGUUUACAUUAUGUCGGCGGGAUCUUAUAUUUGCGAUACGACGACAGAGAAGAACAGGACGGUGAGGAUUGGAGUGUUAUCAGCUUCGAUAAGAGCGGGAACUCCGAUUGGAAUUAUGAUUGGAGGGAUUUUAAUGAAGUUUAAAGUGGGAAUUAUAAAAUCUCUGUUAGUGGCGAUAGUAUUGGCGGGACUUGGAUUUCUACUUGUGUUGGUUAGAGUGAAGAAUGGUAGAAUUGCGGGAACUUCAAAGGGUGGCGAAGAAAAUUGCGAGAAAGAAAGCGACAAGCGAGAGAGAUCAUGUUGUAAGAAGUAUAAUCCGGUAACGAAGUUGAUUGAGGCGUUUGCCAUCCUAUUCCAGAAGCGGGAACAUCCCUUGAGGUUCUGCCUCUUGAUUGUGGCCCACAUCUGUUAUGCUGUGCCAAUGGUGGAACAUUCUAUGGUCUACCUCUUUGUCAGGGAACGGUUGCAAUGGGAUAUCAGCGAUUAUGGCUUCUUCUCAAUGAUCAAUUACCUAUUAAGUGCUGCGGGAGUGUUUUUAUCGAUGUACGUUUUGAGUAAGAGGCUUAAGCUAUCGGAUGCCUUGGUGGGGUUUAUCUCGGGCUUGAGUCAGAUUGGCGGAUCGACGUUGUACGCCUUUUCGACAACAGCGGCAAUGAUGUAUUGUGCAUCUGCCCUGGACAUGAUGAAUGGGACGAUUAAUGUGGUUGUGAAAUCCAUGCUGUCAAAAUUGGUGGCAGCAAACGAAGUGGGAAAACUUUUCGCACUUCUGGGAGUGAUUGAUAGCCUGCUCCCUCUAUUGAUGGGGCCGACCUACGCGAUUGUGUACCGGAGUACGUUGACCUCUUUUGCAGGAGCUUUCUUCCUCCUUUCGGCAGGAGUAACAAUACCGGCAGAAAUAAUAUUUCUGUACUUCAUGAUCAGGAAGGAUAAGAAGGUUAAUGGCGAGGAGGACGAAACAGAACCUACGGCUCUGGACAAACCGCAAAUCACUGUGGAAUCAUGUAAUAAAAGUGUCCCCGAUAUUGCAAAAAUUGUGCCGAGUAAGGUUCAAUUAAGCAGCUACAGUUUGAAUAAUAUCAGCGAACCGAAAAAUUAGGAUGGUAUUAAGUCAUAAGUGGUUUUCAGUUGUAAUCAUUUGGAAUACUGCAGUUAUGUUUUUUAAAGGGUACAUAAUUUAGAAUUAAAAAGAAAGAAAGAAAUAAAUU